AUGUCUGAUCGAUUCUCGCCGUUCCUGACCAGCCUCGACGACAUGGAAGCCGAAGCCAGGAUACAGCAAAUGAUAGAGCACAUCAACAAGGAAUCCGAUGCUCAGGUCAGGGAAAUCUACAACGAAGGACUUAGCGACAGCAGCGCGGCCAUUAUACUGAGUAAAGGCCGGGAGAACGUCGACCGAUAUUACAAGGACAAGAUCGUACAGUUGGAAAAGGAGACCGUCAGCGCAAUAAGUGCGAUGGCGCAUGAGGGUAAAAUGCGAAUACUAAAUGCUAAGAACGACCACGUCAAAGAGUUGGUGGACGAAGUUUACGAACGACUGCUCGGGUUGCAAAACAACAGCAAGAAGUACACAUCUAUCCUCGAGUCUCUGAUAAUGCAAUCCUUAUGCCGAUUGCUGGAAAAGCGAGUGAACUUGGUGUUACGCCAAAAGGACGUGAAACUCGUCCAAACUUUCCUGGCCUCUCUCGAAAAAAAUUACCAAAAAAUGACCGGGUUGGAAGUGACCAUUAAAGUAGACCCUGACAUCACCUUACCGGAAAACCACGCCGGAGGUGUUUUAGUAAACGCAAAAAAGAAAACCAUAUUUGUCGAUAACUCGCUGCUCAUUCGACUACAGCACUUGACCACCGUCCGAUUUCCGUUCGUGCACCGUAAUCUGUUCCACUGA